AUGCACAGGGCCUUCAGGGUGCAACAGGGUCAGGUGGGUCCCUUCUCCAGCGAUUACCUUACUCCUGAGACGAAGGCUCCCACCUCAGGGCUGCUGCGGAAAAUCACGGCCUGGAUGCCUGUGUACAGGGCGCUGGAAUUGAAGGCAUGCCGAGGCGUGGGUCUCGGGGGUGCCGCAUUCCUCUCGGGCCAAGAGUACGGAGAGAAGCGGAAGCGCAAGCAAGCUUACUAUGGCGACAUUGGCGAGGAGUCAUCAGGGCAGAGGAGUGGGAAGAGAAGACAGAAACGACUGGCAGAUCAGCGCUGGGUCUCUGGGCCGCUGCCUGCAGUUGUGACGGCUGAGCUUGUGGAGCUGCUGAGGGGAUUGGAAGGCGCCCUGUCGCUGCAUGUCCAGCUGGAGGCGCCUCCCCACGAAACCGGAGAUGCUGCCCCCAUGGAUUUUGAUCCACCAUCGAGCUCGGGAUCUGCCGCAUUCUCCCACCUGAAGACUUCAGCAGAGCGAGUGGCGCUGGCUCGAAAGGCACAGUUGGCGAGGGUGCAGAACUGCCAGGCUGUCAGAGCUGCAUGUGUGCUGCCCCUGGACUUCACUGCUUUGAUCGGCACGCUGGAGGAUGGCAGCUACGAUGACGUUGAGGCUGUCACAGAGGAUUUAGCUGCCAUCAGCCGAUCCGCAGCUGAGCGUCUUGCGAAUGACUCAGAGACAGAGAGGCGCAGCAAGCUUCUAGCACUAGCAGACAGCUUUGCAGCGGCGGCGAAUGGAGCCAUAGUGGCGGUAGCCAAUGCUGCACGUGGCCCCUCCGGAAACUCCAAUGGGCAAAACAGCGCCCAGCGUCCUGUCCGCCCAGUCGUCUCGCGAGGCGCCCUGCCGGAAAGCAUUCAGGCCAAUCGGGAGCCUUACCUGCAAGGGGAUUGGAGGAAGGAACCCUACAUUCCCAGGCCAUAUGUACGGCUUCAGAAGUACGAGAUCGCAGAAGAGAACGAGGUCCUUGAAUACAAGUUCAAAACAGAAAAGAAGGGCAUGUGCUCUGGGCAGCACUGCACACAAGCUGGCCACCUGGGGACCUAUGUAGAUGUGCAGGAGAUAGACACCUGGGGGUGUGACUGCUACACCCGUCGCAACAUCCAUGACGCUGUGCUGGAAUCUGGAGCAUUUGGCGAGUACCGGCCUGUCACCCUUCAGGAGAGCCUGCGGCAGCCUGACAACAUCAACCCGCUGGACAAGGGCGAAGUCGUGCAUCACGAAAAGGCCCACCAGUCCAUCGAGUCCCCGGCGUCAGGAGGCCCUGCAGAGGAGGCUCACAUGAGCAAUGGCAAGGCAGACGGCGUCAAAGAUGGGAUCCCAGAUGUACAUGCAAAGGUCACGGCUUGGGUCGAGCGGGAGCUCAUGCCAGCAAUCAACAAGCAGGGUGCGUCUGGGUGGGACAUCUUGCUGGCCCUCCAGGAUGUCAAAGAGCAUGCGCAAGCGGCCGGAGACAUGUGCAGUGUCGAGGCAGCCAACGCUGUGGAGAAGCGCGUCCAAAAGGUCGGCUCCAACUACUUCAGGAUACAUCCCAAGGGUGUUGGGCUCAAGUGCUGUAGAUCGGAGGGGUUGCCGCCCUUGACAUUUGUGGAGGAGUACCUGGGAGAGGUGCACACACCAUGGCGCUGGUUUGAGAUGCAGGACAUCAUCAGGAAGACAAUGGGUGAUGAACUGCCAGACUUCUACAACAUCGUGCUCGAGAGGCCACGCGAUGACCCUACUGGCUAUGAUGUGAUGUUCAUCGAUGCUGCUGCCAAGGGAGCGUAUGCGAGCCGCAUGAGCCACAGCUGCACACCUAAUUGCCAGGCUGUGGUGAUGGCGUGUGGCGGCCGCCUGACAAUUGCCGUGUACACGCUGCGCCAUGUCUACCCCGGGGAGGAACUGACUUUUGAUUACGCAUGCGUCACCGAGAGUGAGAAGGAGUUUCGGACGGCAAUCUGCCUCUGUGGCACCAGAAACUGCAGAGGGUCAUUCCUGACUUUUGCUGGCAGUCGGGCUUUCAUGCAGAUCAUGACGCAGCGCCACAGCAUGCUGCGGCGGCAGGCGCUCCUGGUCAGGGCAGGAGCAGAGCCCCUGACCGAGCGGGACAGGGCGCGCUUGCAGGAGUUUGGGCUGCGUGAGUGUGCGCUGGGGGGUGGGGGAGGCCAGUCAAGGGUGCCGGCCUGGCUGGAGAAGUGGACAGCCCUCAUUCUGGAGUUUGUGCAGGAGGAGCAGCGCCUGCUGCCCGAGCAGCUUCUGGCGUUGCCCAGCAACAUUGUCGCAUACACGCCCUUCACAGCAGCCUCCGAGGCCAAGGGGGUGAGCGACAACAGGCUGCAGAAUGUGGUGAUCACCCUGGACAAGGUGAAGCUGUGCCUAAGCAAGCCUGGGCAGUGCCUCAACGCACCCCUGCGCCUGCUCACAGACAGCGAGGUUGCGGAGUACCUGUGGACAGGUACCAAGUCACUGGCCAGGCGCUGGCUGCGUACUGCGGCGUCGCAGCUGGCCAACCCCAGCGUGGCUCGUGCACUGAGCUCGGCCGAGGAUGAGGACGAUAUCCAGGCGGUCCUCGCCAGGCACAGGGGCCACAAGCAUCUGGAGGAGCUGGCGGUGCUGGUGCUGCAGCCGGCUGCGGAUGCGGCCGAGGGCAGGGCGAGGCUGAUGGCUCUGGCUGAGAAAGUGCGCGCCCUGGACGUGGCGUGCGGAGGCGGCCACACCGCUGCCGCCGACAUGCUGCUGCUAUACGCCUCCUCUCAGACAUGGUUCACGUCAGAGCGGGAGUACAAGGGCUUCACUUCCCCUCCGGUGCAUCUAAACCUCGAUGAUCUCAUGCUGAAGCGGGCUGUGGGCCCCGGCGUGGCUGCGCUGCCCAGAAAGGACCAAGCACCGUCCUCGUCAGCGGCAGACACGGCGUCUGCUCGCGCCGUCGAGGCUGCGGCUGUCUUGGACGACCCCCUGUUGAGCACCGGGGAUGGCUCCCUGGCUGCUGCAGCCGUGGCCAGUGGGGAGGCUGCAGAUGCGCUGACAGCAGUGCUGGACAGAGGAGAGGCGGAUGAUGCUGAUCAGGAAGAUGUAGGGGCCGGCCCAGCUGGUGGGGGGGCGGCGGUGCAGAAGGAGAAGGGAGGCAAGGCAGCGGCUGGGAGGGGCAUUGCUUCCUCAGGUCCUGAUAAGCAUGGGAGAACGCAGGUGGGCUUGGCCAAGAAGUAUGGACCAGGCUUUGUGUGGGGCCAGCUGAACGGGUGGUACAAGCAGACAGUGUUUGACCCCACGGCCAGUCUGUCAGCUGAGCGGCGAGGCACCAUCUCCAUGCCUGACAUUGAGUCGUGCUACGGGGGUUCUCGAAGCCGCUACACAGUCAAGGACCGGAACCAUCUGAUCGACCACAUUGAGAAGCGGCCAGAAGGGAUGUGGAAGAUUGGCACCAUUUGGUCAUUCCGAAACGAGGCCAAAGUGUAUGGAAGCCCCAUGUUUGAUGCUGUCUGGGCUCAGACCAUGCCUGGUGCUCCUCCAGACCCCAUGCCUGAGCUGCUGCAGAAGCUACGAUCCGCUCCUCUGCCCAAGGCGUCCGAUGCCAGAUCAGGAGCUGAGGAUGAUGCCUAG